CUCGCUUCCUCAGACACGAGGCGAGCACGCAGCUGCGAGACUCUUCUUUCAAAAAAAAAAAAAUUCGUUAUUCCAGUUGUUAAAGUUGUAUCGCAGGCUAUGCCCCGCGGCCCUUGUGACCCCAGUGAACGAUUAAAAAGUGCCAAAGUGAUUCAUAAAGUGCAGUGGAGUUGUGCAAAGCAUUUGAAAAAAUCAGGGGUAGUUUUUCUACAAGUGAAAGUGUGACGUCACGUGAGCGAUAAUUUCGUGUUAACCGAGUGUAAACAACAGUUCCUAACCUAGUGCAAAAUCAUCUCCAGGAGCAGUCAGGGGGUGACUAAAGUCCGGGAAUUGGUGAAACGAGUGGAGAACAUUUCGGUGGAUCAUUGAACUCGUGGUUUUAUCCAGAGCACUCGCACCAAAAUGGUACCUUAUCUCCAUUAUCUUCGGAGAUAUUCAAGUUCAAACAUUGUGACGAGCCAGAGAUAAUCUUGAAUACUUUUCGGGAUAAAUAGAUCGGUGGGAGGGUUGAGGUAUCGUCAAGAAUUAUUGAGGAAAAAACAUUGCAUUGAGAAUAAACGAACAUGUAUUCGAGGCUGGAAGAGCAUUUCAAGGAAUCGUGAUGAUAAUUUCACGCUGGAGGAUCGAGAUAACUGAGUGGUUAAGGAGAUAAUCCAUCAAGAAUUUUUCUCGAGAUAAUUUUUUUGGAGAAAAAAAAUUACAGAAUUUUACUCCAGAUAUUUUUCAGAUAACUGAUAUCUUGAACAUUUGGAAAUUUUUUGAUAAUAAAAUUGGGGUGAUAUCAUUGCGAGAAAUUCUCAUCCAAUUUCGUUGCUGGAGGAUCGAGAUAACUGAGGAGAUGACGAGAUAAUUUCCUUCAAAAUAUCUUUUUUGAGAUAAUCACUAAUCUGCCAGAUAAUCAUUUCCAAGGAAGUUUUGUUUUUUUUCGGCAUAAUAAUUCUUACCAUAGACAAUCUCAUCUAUCCCCAUGGCUGGAGGAUCUAGAUAACAAAAAAUAAAACGAGAUAAAUUUCGAAAUAAUCAUCAAGAUAUAUUUUCAACAAAAAUUGACAAUUUUCUCCAGAUAUUUUGUCCUGAGAUAAUCAUCUCGACCUCAUCUUUUUCGAGAUAAUUUUUGUUGAGUGUUGAAGAGCGAAAAAAAUGCCUCAAUGUGCAGUAGCAACAUGUAGAAAUAGUCACCGACGUACUCGUGGCCGUCGUAUCCGUUACCAUCGAUUCCCCCAGAUACCGGAAGUACGUGCUAGAUGGGUACGCGCCUGCGGACGUCCACCCCUGUCUAAUGGCGAUGUACCAUUUAACAUACAGACAGCGCGUAUAUGCUCUUUACAUUUUACGAAUGAUUCGUAUGAGAAAGACAUGGAGCAUCUUGUUCUUGGACUUCCGGUGCGCAGUAGGCUGCGCAGAGGUGCUGUGCCAACAAUUGGGGUGCCUGUUAAUGUACAACCGGUGACGAAGAUGCUCGUUGAGGACGCCAAAAGGUCAAUUCUCAAGGUCACACAUGGAAAAUACGGAAAGGAGGGAAAAUAUGGGGAUGAGGGAAUUCACGAUGUUAACGAGGGAAUAAGAUACUACAGGAAAUUUGGGGAUGACGAUGGGGCAAUCUGUCAGCAGAAAUUUUCCAGUGAACAGCAGAAAAUGGCGGGCAUUGAUGUACUGCUUGCUCUUGGGCUCAAACCAGCAUCCCGUUUAAAUAAAAUGCACGCCAUGGACUGUGCAACAUCGAGUCCAUCGAGUGGUAAGCCUGAAAAACGAGAGGAUGAGUCCAGAAGGUCUCCAAAGGUGCCCCAGAAUCGACAGAAUGGUGCUGCUUUACCAGAGGAGACAGCCACCCCUACAGUAGUGAAGAAGGAGAAUCAAUCGGACGAUGAGACCACAGACACCAGAAAGAAGACGAGGAGUAAAGAGCGCAAGAGAAAAUCAACCGAGGAUCCAUUCUCCAAUUUUAAUCCCAAGAGAAUAUGUUUCGAGCAACGAGAGAGAUUUAUCGACUCUUUGGUUGGCUGCGACAGAAUCAGCGCUGAGGAACUGGCCACCAGGGCUGAUGAACUUCGUGCUGAGGUUCAGGCCCUGGACGAGUUGGCCCGUGCAAAGGAGAUGGAGUGGAACGAGAUUCUCUCCAUGAGGAAAUUGAAGGAAGAAGCCUACCUGCGAGUAGAGCGAAAGCGUCAAGUGAUGGGCUUCCUGGGGAACACAAACGGCCAAAUAGCAGAGAGCAUUCCCCCAGCGUCUCUCUCCCUGGCGCCAGACUGGGAGCCCCCGGCCCCUCCCCAGGAGCCCCCCGCCCCCACCGAGGCCCCGAAGGACUCCCCUCCUCCCGAGGAGCCCCCACCCCCAGUGAAAAAGUCCCCAGAGCGCCAGAUAAUUCCCCCAAAGUCCCAAAAUCGUCAGCUGACUGUUUCCCAAGUGUCAGCAAGACCUCCCCAGGAUCAGAAGCACCAGAAGAGAAUUCUGGACGUUCAGCUGGACGCCAGACAGAUUGGCGAGGGUAGACAGGGCCCUCUCCUCGAUGUACGAUCAGUAAUAGCUGAGCACAGACUUCGACAUCCUGAGACUGUUCCCAGAAGGGGCAGAAGAAUGAGAAAUUCCGUGAACAUUGGACUUGCUGCUGGUGGUGGCUUUGUCGAGACUAUUCACGACUCCAGACCCUCCAGCACAGACUCGUGCAAGUCUGGAUCAAAUCCUGAUGUUAAUUACAAAGAUAUUCACCUUCAAUUUGCCAAAUUUGCGAGACAACAGUCAGAGUCGAGUGGAACGAGUGUUAAAAAUCCACAAAAUUAUCCGGAUGUUACACUGCAUCCUGUGGCCUCGGGACCGGUGACUGGGACAACUGGGGGACAGAGUGGUAGUUUGCUGCAUGGGAUUUUGACGAAGAGUCACAGCCCCAGGCCCACUACAUUCUCACCGACUCUGGCGAAACUGCUGACUGCCCCUGAGAGGGAGAGGGGACAGGUACAGGUUGCUCAGAUGGUUCAGGGGUUCCAGGGCAACAGUGGGGUGUCCAUCAGCGAUCUCCUCAGUUCUUCUAAGGCUAGAAGAGAAAUCACAAUAACUCCGGUUGGAAACACUCCAAUCCAAUCUUCUCAUUCUAACAAUGUUAUUCAUGUGGAGGAUGUGGAAGAGGAUAACUCGUUAAUAGAAGAGAGAGACUCGAGACGAACCUCGUCCAGGGAGAAUCGAGAAGACAGGGAUACACCACCAAGGUGUCAAGGGUGCCAAGAACGUGCUGCACAGUUUGUGUGUGCUGGCUGUGGAAACCAGUGGUACUGCAGUCGAGAGUGUCAAGUCUCCGCCUGGGACGAGCACUCGGAGGUCUGUUCUGGCUAACAUUAAAUGACUUCUCAGUGACGUUUCACAUUCCCAAAAAUCAACGGAAAUAAUACUGCAGCUCAGAAACGUCGAUUGAAUAAUCUAGUCAAGAAUGAAAAAUGGGAGAAGUCAAAAACCCAAAACAAAUCAUAAUAAAAUUUGUAAAAAUAGUUUUUCACUCGACACUUACACAAUUAUAUUUUUUACGUAAUUGUCUGUGAAAGUUGAGGCUGAGGACCAUGAGAACAUUAAACAAAUGUUGAAAUCUCAAGACUUGACAAGGGCAGAGAGAAUUGUUCGAGGAACUUUUUGGGAUGAUUUUUCAAGAGGAAAAUGCCAAAAUUUUGUUACAUUAGAGUUUAAUUAAAUUUCCUCACUCGAGAUAUAGUAUAUUUCGUAACGAGCUAAAAAACAUUUUUUCACGAGUUACGAACAAUAUUUUUCAUCACAAUGU